GAAUGCUAAAAGUACAAGACACCUACAAGCCCCCUACUAACCUACGUGUACCUAGGUAUCUAGGCACCUAUAUGAUAUAUCCGAUGGUGCUCGCCGGACGCCUCCGCUAGCGAUAUCCUAUGAUCUACGCCUUUCCCCAACGCCGCGUCGCUAACGGGGUUGACUCGAUACGAACAAUGGCCAGGGAAUUAGCUCCUUGGUACCGACGUGCGGGGGGGAGCCGGAGGAGGGGGGGGAGGAGAGCGUUCUGCCAUCGGACGUGGUGGCCAGUCAGUCCACUCUCGCUUGGGACAUACGUAUCGACUGUUGACAGCGACGGUGCCUGCGAGCUGCGGUGCUCGAUAGCGACGGGGUGGUCGAUAUUAGCGUAUGCAGGCCGGCCGCGGGGGCAGAGGGACAGGUUCCUAGGAGGGCACGCGGUGGAGGGAAAGCCGCCGAGGCGCACCAUGGGGGCCGAAGUGGAAGGACGCCCGCCGAAAAGGACGGAGCGUCACACCCCAGACCCGUCCCUUUCGGCUAGAGAGUAUCGGCAUUCGCGAGGCCCGAUGAUGCAUCUGCUAAUCUAUCAUACUCACGAACAGGGUGCGUAGGAGGGACGACGCGCGCGCGCAACCCUUGCGCCUCAGCGCCGGGGACGGAAUCAAGUGAAAAGCAACUACGACCAGCUGACGGCCUGUGC